AUGGGCAAGAUGGACAACACCUCUGUGGAGCUGAGCUCCCCCUCCGAGGUGAAGCAGGCCGCCCUGGAGGAGCCAGAGCCCAUCAAGCCUGAGGCUUUGAGCACCAAAAAGAAGAAGGAUAUCCCAGACAGAGGCUCCUGGAAGGGGAGAUUUGACUUCCUGCUGUCCUGCGUGGGCUACGCUAUCGGGCUGGGCAACGUCUGGCGCUUCCCAUAUCUCUGUGGCAAGAAUGGAGGAGGGGCCUUCCUCAUCCCCUAUUUCCUGACCCUGGUGUUUGCUGGAAUUCCUCUCUUCUUGCUGGAAACUGCUCUGGGCCAGUAUACCUCUGUCGGCGGACUGGGAGUAUGGAAAUUAGCACCCAUGUUUAAAGGAGUAGGGCUGGCAGCUGUGGUUCUGUCUUUCUGGCUGAACGUCUACUACAUUGUCAUCAUUGCCUGGGCCCUCUACUAUCUCUUCAACUCUUUCACCACGGACCUGCCGUGGCAGAGCUGUGGGAAUGCCUGGAACACUGACCGCUGCUUCUCCAACUACUCCCUGAGCGACACCACCAACCUCACCAGCGCCGUUACCGAGUUCUGGGAGAGGAACAUGCACCAGAUGACCGAGGGCCUGGGGGAGCCCGGCAGCGUUCGCUGGCCCCUGGCUGGCACGCUGGCCCUGGCCUGGCUGCUGGUCUACUUCUCCAUCUGGAAGGGCGUGGAGUGGACGGGCAAGGUGGUGUAUUUCUCAGCCACCUACCCCUACUUCAUGCUCUUCAUCCUCUUCUUCCGGGGAGUCACAUUGCCGGGAGCCAAGGAGGGGAUCCUCUUCUACCUCACACCUGACUUCAGAAAGCUCUCUGACUCUGAGGUCUGGAUGGAUGCAGCCACACAGAUCUUCUUUUCUUACGGCCUAGGGCUGGGGUCCCUGAUUGCACUGGGAAGCUACAACACUUUCCACAACAAUGUCUACAGAGACUCCAUUAUUGUCUGCUGUAUAAACUCCACGACAAGCAUCUUUGCCGGAUUUGUUAUUUUCUCUAUUGUUGGCUUCAUGUCACACAUCACGAAGAAGUCGAUUUCAGAGCUGGCCUCGUCAGGCCCUGGACUGGCUUUCCUUGCCUACCCGCAGGUGGUAACUCAGCUGCCCCUGUCCCCGCUCUGGUCGAUCCUCUUCUUCUCCAUGCUGAUGAUGUUGGGUCUGGAUAGUCAGUUCUGCACCGUAGAAGGGUUCAUUACAGCCUUGAUGGAUGAGUUUCCUCAUCUCCUGAGAGCCAGGAAGAAGAUCUUCAUCGCAGUAGUCUGUUUCAUCUCCUACAUCAUUGGAUUCUCCAACAUCACCCAGGGAGGCAUUUAUGUCUUCAAGCUGUUUGAUUACUACUCAGCCAGUGGCAUGUGUCUUCUCUUCCUUGUCUUCUUUGAGACCAUCUCAAUUUCUUGGUGUUAUGGUGUGAACAGAUUUUACAGAAACAUUGAAGAAAUGAUUGGAUACCAACCUUGUAUCUGGUGGAAGAUCUGCUGGGCCUUCUUCACUCCUAUUGUCUGCCUGGGUGUGUUCUUCUUCAGCGUGGUGGAAAUGACCCCUCUGACACUGGGAAAAUAUGUUUAUCCUGCAUGGGGACAAGGCAUUGGCUGGCUUAUGUCUUUGUCCUCCAUGGUACUGAUUCCAGGAUACAUGCUGUACUCAUUCUUCACUUCAACGGGGACUCUCCAGCAGCGUUUGCAGCAGAUGACACAGCCCAAGCCAGAGAUGCGUGCUCAGAACAACAGCCUCCAGCCAAAGAUGUCCUUCAAUGGGAAGAUCUCAGAUGCUGCCGUCUAGGAGGAAAGCCUGGACCUUCUUGCCCUGCCCUGUAGCUGCUCAUGCCAUGUUGUUCCUUGAGCUCCUCCAGCACAGCUCACUGUCCCUGGCUUCAUGGUGGCUUUAACUUGCUGAAGAGAAGACCUGGUGGAGAAGCCCUCUCAUGUCUCUUCCUCCUGGCCCAACUUACCAAGGCUCUGCCUGAGCUGCCACAAGGUGUUGUGCAGGGACUGUCUUCAUCAUGCAACAUCCUGGUCCAGGCUCUCAGAGAGGAGUGGUCAGUGCUCAGGUCUUCCUCCUGCUGACAAGUGAUGUUUCUAGAGAAGUUAGACUGAUUACUGACCACUUCUGUGUUCUUCUUCUUGCGUUUCCAUGUGAACUUCUGCAGAGAAGCCUGUAGCACACAGCCACGCUUUCACCCCAGAGAGCCAGCUGCAACCAGGUUUGAAUCCCGGACAGUUGUCAAUUGAUCUAGCAUAAACCAACACUAGCAAAUGCAUAACUGGAGGGGAUGUGGCAGAAUAAGGGAUUCCAGUGAGGAGUCUGGCAUGCUGGUAGCUGUAGGACAUCACCCUGGAUCUAGAGAAUCGCAUCAGGACAGUGUGUUUUGCUCACAGGCGCUGUGUCUCAGCCCUGUGCAAUCCCCAGAUGUUUUCAUCACAUCCAUUGUGGCUGACACUGUGAGCUGGAGCCUAGCAGAGCAGGCAGCCUUUUUCUUCUGGGGUCUCCUGCCCUCUGCAGCUGUGAGCAGGAGUCACUCCCUGACCCUAAAAUACAGUUAAGAGAGUAAGUGUAGGUGCUCUUUGCUAGAGGCUGUUCCAGUCUCCUACAAUGACCAUGCUCAGCUGCAAUCAGCUUUGUGUGGAGGCAAGAGGUCUGCUGUGUGAUGGAGAGACUUUCCAGUAUGGUGCAAAUCUCCCCCCUGCUGGAACAGGGCAGUUCCUGCUAAAUGCCCUCUGUGGCUACAUCCUCAAGUGGGGAACAGUAGGAUGCAGCAUAAUGCCCAUGGGGGCUUAUAGCUUUUUCAGGAAGCGACAACAGUUGAAUCUGAGCCAGUGGAAGGCAGGAGCUCCAGGAGAAGCUGGUAGGAUGUAGCCACCAUGCUUAAACCCACCCCCAUGAACCAGUGCUGACUUCCCUUGGAGAAUAUCUGUACAGCCAGCUGCUGGUGCUGGCACAUACCAACUCCCAACACACACAGCAUGGGGACCAUGAGCUGUUGCAAAUGAUGCUGUAGAAGUGUGUAACCCCUCAGAGAAGGCUGAGAAGUGUUUCAGAGCAGUCCUAAAGCAGCAGCUUAUUUCUGGUCUAUAAAGCCUUGAGAAAGGAGGUGGCUCAUCAUAGCACUGUGUUCAAAUGUAACAGUGGUGCUCCUGUUUGUGACAGCCUCCCAGUGACCCUACGUGGAGAUACCCAUGUACUCAGAGCACUUGCUGAGCAUCCGUCAUAUGUGUGCGCACACAGUGUGGCUGAGCACAACUCAGUCCCUCCCCUGCCUUGACAGCCUGACAGCAUCACCAGGUCUGCUGCCCUGCCUUCCCACCAGCUCAUACUCUCCAAGCUCAGCUCAGAGGCAAUAAAUUCAUAAACUAAUGUCAUAGGAAUGGUGCAUCCCAUUCAUCUCAUGCAGUGCUGCACAUGGUCCUGUGCUCCCCAUCCCUGGGGCCAGUCCUUCUGCUGGUCUCCCAGCCUGAGUAUCAGUAGCAUAAAGAGGAAAGAAGUCACCUGGUGAUUAAAGCUGAAAUCAGUCACUCUUGGGGUUGGGUUCCCUGCCAGCUCGCCAAUGCAUCUCGAUCAACGUUGCUUUAGAUGUGUAACCAAUUUGUGCUGGUCCAUGUGGCAUAUGAUGUGUCUUGGCUCUCAGCAGCAGUGGCUGCCAGGCCUCGAGUGCAUGUGUUGCAUUCUCCAGCACCAUGAGCUGAGAUCACUCCCUGUCCCACAUCUAGUUGUUAGGGUGUUUACGUCCAAAAAAUGGCAGCUGCUAAAUAGACAUGAGGAAACACUUGAAUUUACAGGCUUGAUCUUGUAAAGCCAAAAGCCAAAUGCUGAAAGCUGCAAUCAUAGUUCAUCACAAUUAAUCUCAGCCAGUCAGAGACAUGCUGUCUUCCCUUGUUUUGUAUUUGUAAGCAUAGCUGAAAUUUCCUAUUCCACUUUCACGUAUUUUUAUAAACUGGAUAAUAAAGGAAACCACUCCUUAUAUACAUGUAUGUCCUUUGAGAGGGACAUCUGUGUUGAAAAUAGAUGUUAACCUCUGA